GACUUUGUGACUCAAGAUGGCGGCGUAUGUGGCUACUCAUGACCGCUCCGUGUUAUCCAAGCCUCACGAAGAAACCAAAGUUUCUGUCAUACAAAAUACCACUCACAGAGAUAUCUUGGGUAAGUUUAUUUUUUGGAAAAACUGCUGAUAUAAUAGACGAAUCGGGCCAGCAUUUUAAUAUUUGUUGCAAAGUAAACGGAACCAGCUGAAAUUGUAGAUAAGAUACGGUAGAGGGAGUUUGCCGAAUGUUAACUGUUCUCAGGGUCCUUCGUAUAAUUAUUAAGUUAAAGAAAUGUGGAUCGUGCAUUAGGGGAGUUUUUACUCCUCAAAACUAUGAUUUGGCGGCUUACCUUUUCGGGGGGCAAAAUUUUGUUGACUGGCAAAAAGAUAAAGUCCGCACCUUAGCCAAAUGGCUCAUCCACUCGCAGCUUAUUCCAUUUUCGGUGGAAUAAAGUGUCUAGGACUUUUGCAUUUUCCCUUGGAUGGGAUGCUAGCCCAGUACAGGUUACCUCUUCACCCGGCAUGUUAUUAGGCUUCCCUCACAGUUUGUAGCUACUCAUUCAUAUACCUGGGUGGAGAGAAGUACUGUGAGCAUUGAUUGUCUGCCCAAGAAUACAGCACAAUGACCUGGCCAGGUCUUGGUCCAGCAUUUAUUGACCUGGAGUUGAGCAUGCUAGCUGUUAGGCCAGUGUGUAAGGCCACUGCUGGAGUGGACCUUUUAGUUUUUGAGGGCCUGAAUGAAUGAAGUGGGUGGGAGAUGGGUCAAAGGUGUGUGACGGAGAGGAGGGGGAUUUUGGAAACAUGAGAUAUUCACUCCCCCUAGUUCAGUUUUUCUCCAACUAUAAUUUUUCUGAAUUUUUUAUUUGAAGACAGUCCUGCAGAGUUUAUAUAUGGGUUUUAUGUGGUAGCUGUCUAUUUGACCAGGUGUUUCAUAAGCAAGUACUUUCUGUAGAGACCAUUGUACCAUGUUUCAUUAUACACAUCACCACAAUUGUAAGAAUGCUCCGUCAAAAUGUUUGACAUUGUUUACAUAAAUGGUUUGUAGAAAAUGAGAUGUUUCCAUGAGAUGGAGGUUUCUGGAAACAAUUCUUAGAACUUAUUGGAUGAGUUUUAAUAAAAUAAGUUAUGUUUAAUUGUAGUACUUGGAAAUGAUCUCUAUCAAAAAACCAUUGAGGAGUGCGAGAAAGAAAGGCAGCAGAAUGUGACAGAAGUAGAGCAAAGAGCAUGGCGCUUAGCUUCAGAAGAGAAAGCAAGAGCUCUGAAGUCAGCCAAAGAAGCUGCUGAAGUGGAACUGGACAAAGCUUUGGCAGCAGCUAAGAAAGCUCAGGUGGGUGUUAAUUUCAAAGAGGUGCAUUUAAUUAAUGGGUGUGAUUGUGUGGAGAAGCUGGGAUGGGAUUAGGGGGAGCAGAAUGGUCCAAGGGGGUAGGGGAUAAAAAGGGAUAACAUGAAGGGGGAGCAAGAAUUAUUGGCAGGAGGGAGCAAGUAUGAUGCACAGGGAGAAGCAGGAAUGGUGAAUAGGAGGAGGAGCAGGGAUGGAUGGUCAGGAAGGCAAAUACUAAGAUAAAUGCCUGUUAUUUACUAUGAGGGUACUACAUUGUAUGAGCUCCAAGGGUGGAAAUGAAGUAUUUACUCACUUGCAUUUAAUGAUGAUUUACUAUUCAACCAACUUUUUUUUGUUUAUAGGAAAAGGCAGUUAAAGCUGAGUCAAAAAGAGUUGAAGCUCUGAUGAAGAAACUGGCUGCUCAGCAAGUUCAGCAGGAAAAGGAUGAAGGUCAAAAGAGACUGGAAGAGGCACUAAAAAAGGCUAGAGAUGAGUUUUUGUUGGAAAAGGCUGAAGCUAUACAGAAGACUAGAGAGGAAGAACGUGCUAUGGCAACUGAUGAGGCAAAGAAGGUGGCUCAAGUAGAAGAGGACAAAAGAAAACAGUUGAUUCUGGCUGCAGAGAAAGAGAAACAGGUAGAGUUACCGUCACUUGUUCAUCUGAAGGGUAUUAAGAUAAUGUGGCUUUCACUCAGUGACAAGGAGUUUUCCAUCCCUCCUGGUCCUUUGAAGGUUACCCACCACUCUCUUUACUCUCCCCCACAUCCCUCUUCCCCCAGCAUUUUUCCAAGUUCCCCAAUAAACCAGGUACUCCAGAUGGUGAAUCCAAAGAUUUUCUUGUUCAGUUCUCCUCUCCAUCUUUUAAAUAUUGUUUUGCCUCCCUCCCCCACCCCCUCUUUGCAAAAUGUGCUAAAGAGCAAUGCAGUAAUUUUCUUUUCUUUGGCUUUCCACCUUAGCAAGCUUUGAAGAAUCUUAAAGAGAGAUUAAAACAAGAGGAGAAACAAGCAGUGAAGGAAAUGGAGGAAAAGUGUAAGAAGGAAGAGGAGAGCAAACUUUUGUUACAAAAGGAGAUCCAUGAGAAAGAAAUAAAAAAGUUAAAAGAUCGUAUUGAUGAACAAAUACAGCUGAAACUGGCAGCAGAAAAAGAAACGGAAAGAAUAAAAGAGAUGAGAGGAAAAGUGGCAGAAAAGUUGAAGAACACAGCAACUGCUUUUCAAAACUUUAUAGACACAACAAAAGGUUUCAAUAAAGGACAGGCAGAAUUCUUAAUUUUGGAUCCAUUGAAAGACAUUUCUGAAGAAACUUGAUUUUGAUAUUAAAAUUUGUUAUGCUUCAUACUAUUUUGUGUAAAUAUAUAAAUUGUUAAAGUAUUUGCCUGUAUCAUUUGAGUUGUAAGUUGUGUAUCUCUCAACUUUGUAUUAUAUUAUUUUUUGUGUCAAGAAUGUAUACUGUUAGUUAAAUUAUUUGAUACAUUUAUUGUCAAUUACUGUGACUGUAAAUGUAUUUCAGAAAAAAAGGAUUGUUUAGUUGUUGAAAGCAAUUUCUGUUGUAAUUGUUGUGUAAAAUUAUUUAGUAUUUAGAAAUGAUAUCUUACGCUUUCAAUAAUUUCCAAAAUGAUUGUGGUGAAUUUAAUUAAAAAUAUUGGUAUGCCUUUCUGACAAAUUCACUUAACGCCAGUGUAUGGCUGUCUGUCAUGAAGUAAACGGGGUUGCUGUACCAUUUGUGGAACAUAAUAGACAUGAGCAUGCAGG